CCGACGGAGACCCCGACGCCACCGCCGCCGCCGUCCAAGUCGCUGUCCUAGUGCCGGUGCGUCGUCAGGUCUUAGGUUCGCGUGUCCGUCGCCGGCAGGCGCGGACCCUCACUGUCAACCACACGCGGGAGGCACCUGGUGGAGAGGACUUCUCGUCUAAGUGUCUGUGACGUCGCCGGCUCCCCGAUGAGGAUGGCGCUGUCGGGCUCGCGCACAGAGUUCCUGGCGGGCGACACGCUGGGCGGCGACAUCCAGUACGGGCGGUCGGGCGGCUGCUUCGUGUCCACGCGGCGCGGCAUCAUGUGCGCGCUGCUCGUGGCCGCCGCCCUCGUCCUCGUUGGCCUGCUCGUCUUCUACCUGGCGCCCUGCCCCCACGGAGGACAGGGUGCGUCCGCAGCCAAUGGCACGGCCGCGCAGGCCACGGGCGGUCCGGCCGAGGGCGGGGACACCGCGUCCUCCGUCCUCCCCGAGGGCCCGGGCGGUGGGGACGCCUCCACCGAGACCACGCCCUCGAAGGGCGCGCCGGUCAACCUGCGCCUGCCCAAGGAGGUGCGGCCGCGCUACUACAGCAUCUGGCUGCAGCCCUUCAUCGGGGACCCGGCCUCCAACAACUUCACCUUCAAGUCGGCGGGCGAGGCGUGCGCGAGCGUGUCGCUGCACGCGCGGGAGCUGAACGUGUCGUGGGACGAGGUGUCGCUGCGCCUGCUGCCGGCCGGCGUGUCCAGCGUGGAGGCGCCCGGCAGGGCCGGCCGCGCCAUCGGCAAGAAGUACAAUGCUAGCGCCGACAACGCCUCGGCGCCCGCCGCCGCCGCCCCCGCACCCACCCCGGAGACCAUUGCCGUCACGGCGCACGCGGUCAAUAAAGAGGUUUACGCAAGUUCUAUGGAGAAUGUCACGAACAAAGAUGAAGAAGAAGAAGAAGAAGAAGAAGAAGAAGAAGAAGAAGAAGAAGAAGAGGAAGAAGAAGAAGAAGAUGAUGAAGAAGAAGAAGAGUGGCAAUUAAUGACCUUAUAA